AUGAACACCUCGACCAUCCGUGUUACGAGGCCUGAAACCAGUGUGCGCCUUCGUCUGAACGACUCCGCGCCAGGUUCCGAGAUCCCGUUUGCGUCGCUGGCGUCUUCGGUGCCGGGGCUUGAGCACGGCCAUAGAUUCAAACUCCAUCCGCUGCUGUUCCACCAUUUUCUGCAAACCAUGUAUCUGGGCAAGGCGGACUAUUCCAAAACAUACACGGUGUAUUACGGCCGCGAAAUCAUCGAGUCGCAGUCGCGCCCGGGCCAGUUCACUCUCGACUACGCAGUUCCUCCCGAGGACCCGGUCGAGUUUGCUCGGAACCUCGCUGCUACACAGCCCGAAAACUACCCUAAGCUGCACCCGAGAACCAGGUACUACACUCGGGACGAGAUAGCAGACGUGCACAAGAGCUGGGCCGCAAACGAUCUGCCAAUCGUGCUGCUCAUGCACGGACUCGGCGGUGGCUCGCACGAGGUUGUUGUUCGAAGCGUGGUGAGCAGAUUGCAUGGAGUAGCCAACGUUGCGGUACUUAACUGCAGGGGUUGCAGCCGGUCCAAGAUCACCACCCCUACUAUGUUUUCCGCACUGCACACGGACGACCUCGCCGAGACGGUUGACAUGCUCCACAAGCUGUUUCCCUCGAAACAGAUCCAUCUUGUUGGCCAGUCGUUUGGCGGCCUGUUGAUCUACAACUACCUGGCCCAACAGGGUGACCGGUCGGUGGUGACCAGCGCAUUCACUAUCGGGUCUUCUUGGAACCUGAUCAAGGAUGAGGAUGUUCUCAAGGGCAAUCUGUUUGGCGAGUAUGUUUACGGGCCUUUCAUCAAACAGAUUCUAGCUCGCAUCUACAAGUCCAACGCCCAGGGACUGAUUGAGAACCCGAAGUUCGAUCUUGACGAGUUCAAUCAGCUGUGCAAGACGUGCAAGCAUGUUUCUGAGAUCGACGACAGAUUCACGGCUCCAAUUACUGGAUUCCCGUCUGCCUCCACUUACUACAUGGCAGGAUCGCCCAUUCUACGGAUUUUCAAGAUCAGAACGCCCGUCGUGAUGCUCAACGACCUUUCAGACCCGUUCAUCUCCCAGUCGUAUCCGUACGCCGAGGUGAAGCGACACCCGUAUUUGUACAUGGCUACCUCCGACAAGGGCUCUCAUCUGGCAUAUGUCGACCCCUCGGGCGAUAUGUGGUACUCUAAGGUGGUGCGCGAUUACAUUGCUUCGUGGAAAGACGUCUCCACGCAAAGACCGCUCGACGACGGCUUUCACGUGGAGCAAACAGAUUUCACCGACGUGAUUAAACUUUAUUAG